AUGGGUACCAAUAUUCCCCAAAAUAUAAUAGACGACUUCGGAGUUCCGAACUGCCACAUUCUAGAAACCGAAGCGGUCAAAGGUGACGCGACUACAAACAUUGACUGCCUGGAUAGUGGAAAUCCCGGGGGAAAUGCGAGCUUAACCUGCACGAUUACUGGCACAAUAGUUAAUGGAAUCGAAUGGUUAAGACCUAAUGGCGGAGCACCACACGAGGUUGUAUCAUGCAAUGUAGUUAACACUGAGUGUGAAUUAACAGUUACUGGCUACGCUGGCGCUGUUGUGUCACCCACACAGAAUACACUUAUAAUACACUCUUUCAACCCUACAACAGAUGCUGGAGAAUGGAACUGUCGUGAUGGUUUAGAUGGAAUUCCAUCUAAAUGUAGCAAGACUUUCAUGUAUGGUCCAGAUCUAAGCAGUGUUAACUUCAGUUCUGAUACAAGUGUCGAAGAAGGACAAUAUCUGACUGUGGACUGCACUGCUGACUGUAACCCGCCAUGUGACUACUCCUGGACACUGGGUGAUAAUCAACUUACAACAAGUCCUCUGUUAAACCUGACAGACAUCAGCAGGAAUCAGGACGGGAAUGUCUACAACUGUACAGUGACAAACGCUGGACUACCUAAAUCUAUAAGUAAAAACUUUACACUAAGUAUCUCUUAUGAUCCAGAGCGCAUGUCUUUCUUAAGUGCAGGUGCUACAUCGGGAAUUGUGAUCGCUGUUGUACUGGCUCUUGCUAUUCCUACUGUUUUGGUAAUUUACAAGAGGUAAUUAAAA